GAGGACACAGCAGUCAUGUUGUCAAUGGAUGAACCUUUGGACUUGAAGCUUCGUUCAGAUGGACCAGUGAGAUUAGGAAAGAGGAUCUGUUCCUCCUCCAUCUACACUCCCAUCAGUGCCACAAGGCCACGCCUGCUAUGCACUAGCUUUCCAUCACCGCCGUCUUCCCCAGAUUCACAGUUCUCUCCUCAUGAGUCACCCGGGUCCUGCUUCUCUCCACCAGCUAUGGACCUCAGCUUGUCCCCCUCUUCCCGCCACGCCUCCUCUGUCUCCCCAUCUCCUUCCUCCCCCUCUUCCACUUCGCCGUCCUCACCCCUGGAGUCGUCUCACAGCAGCAGCAGCCCUCAGCCGUACCUCUUCGCACAGGAAGCAGCAUAUCAGCGAGGUGUCGAGGGCGGAGCUUCACCGCAGGGUUACCAGUUUUAUCUGCCAAUCGGAAGCUCCCAUGGGGGGUACGGCUUUCCCUCCUCUGUGUUUAUUGGUCAGAACAGGCAGAAGCGAGACUCUCCAGAGCUGUCAUUGGAUGGUCAGCUGGCUUGCCAUUGGACAAAGUGCCACCUGCUGUUCGACUCGCUGCAAGAUCUGGUGGAGCACAUCAACGACCAGCACGUCAAGCCUGAAAAGGAUUGUGGGUACCGCUGCCAAUGGGAGGGCUGUGCUCGGAAUGGGAGGGGCUUCAAUGCAAGGUAUAAAAUGCUGAUUCAUAUUCGCACGCAUACCAACGAGAAACCACACCACUGCUCCACUUGUAACAAGAGCUUCUCACGUCUGGAGAACCUGAAGAUACACACUCGCUCACACACAGGUGGGUACACAAAAAAACCGUAUAUCUGCCCCUAUGAGGGCUGCAGCAAGCGUUACUCCAACUCCAGUGAUCGCUUCAAGCACACGCGCACCCAUUACGUGGACAAACCGUACUACUGCAAGAUGGUCGGCUGCAUGAAGCGCUACACAGAUCCCAGCUCGCUACGCAAGCACAUCAAGGCUCACGGGCACUUUGUUUCUCAAGAGCAAGGUGCCCGCAGCAGGCCUGGAUUGAGGCCGGCCCUGGACGGGCACCGGACCGCCAGUGAACCGCAUGCUGGAGGCGGAGGUCACAUCAUCAUCCCUGGGGCUGCUGCAGCCCUCCUGGGAAGCCUGGGGACCUCUUUGCCUCUCUCUGCGCUCUACCACGGCAGAGCAUUGAGUCCCUACUUUGCUCAGCUGUUCUCACUUGGAGGAAGACACCGCAGGACCGCGGGGCCGCUUGGCCUCUCAGAGUCCCCCCUGGUACACUUUGGACUCUCAGCUGCAUCGAUGUUGGGGUUGGGAGCUGUGGGGCAGAAAGAGGUAGGAGAUGAAGAGGAAGAAGAAAAAGAGGAGGUGCUGAACCCUUCUACAGGAGCAGGCCUCAGACCUAGUGACCCCUGUUCAUGGUUGGUGGUUCCCUCCAGGGCUCUUCUCGUCAAACCGACUGUCGUCAGCUAGGAUGCACAGUGAGACAUCUCACUGUGCAUACAUCCAGGGAGUGUGUUGUCAUGUUUUUCUGUUUGUGUGUAUGCCCACACAGACGUACGGAUCAGUGCUGCCUGCAGAGCCGUAAACAAGACUUCAAGCCCAGUUAAUUGAAAUUUUAUUUUGUUAAAGCACAGCUGUCAGUGUUGGGCAACAUAAACAUUUUACAACCUGCAUAUGUCAGCGGUUUCACGGCUUUUGAGUCUUUGUUUCAACAAUGUUUCAUUUAUGUCAAGAAAACAACUACAGAGAAGAGCCACGUGUCUUCUCGGCCAUUUAUAAUGGAGGGUCUCCUUCUAUUGCGACCUUUAUUCUCGUGAAAAAAGCAGUUCCCAAAAGGUCGUGUCAACACUCACAGACGGUAAAUAAAAAUCAAAGAUUUUAUUUUGUCGUACAAACCCAUAGGUUUUCUGAUGAGCUGAAAACUGCCUAAUUCCCAGCCAAAUGGGUAAAGACGUAGAGCAUGUGGUGACCGGGACAAAUGGAGCUACAUAUGUUUAUCUUGAAGUUACCAAGCUAGCUAAGGCUACUAGGGUGAUAAAUGCAAUAUUUGUUUGGUGCACUGGGUGGUGGCUUAGGGGCAGGUAUUUCGAUUUAUGAUUGACUUAUUACCUCUAUAUCCAUGGCCCUAUGACUAUAGCUGAUCUCCCUAAGCUAGCAAUGUGCUAACUGCACUAACACACAAAUUAAAUCAAACCAAAAUUUCACUUAAUGAAAACACAGGCUUCUUAGUCUUUUAGUACAAUUAGCCCCACAGCAAGCCAUAAUAUAUAUAUAUAUAUAUAUAUGUAAUAAAAUACCCAGAUAGGACAAACACGGUUGAGGACACUGCAGAUAGCAGAACCUGCUAGUUGCUGUGGGCCAGACCAUGUUUGUCUCCAUUUGACCGAGUACACUAGCUGUCACUCAAAGUGACCACGCCCCAAAUUAUUCAUAACUUUAUGGCUUUAAAUAGGCUUAAAUGAAUGUUAUAUAAAAAAUUCACCUCCAAUACAGUUGUCAUGAAUGAUGAAACUAGCUGUAGGGACCAAAACCUUAUUGGUACCAGGCUGUAAACAUGUUUAUUUCUGCUGGGAAUCUGGAGAUUUUAACAUGGUCUUCUAUCUGGAAGUUACUUGCUUUUGGAGCUUCUUUUUCAUGACAGGUGGUUGCCAGUUGGUAGAAAGUGACUUUAGAAUCCAUGCCCAAGGCAGAUAACUCAAAUAAUUCAUUAGAGGAAAACUGAAUUCCAAGAAAGGGUGUCUUUUUUUGGGGGGUUUUGUUUUGUGAAAUAGUGAUCUGACUGAUAUAUAAGUUGAAAAGUGAUCUGUGCAUGGCUGCCAGUUGUCUCAUUGUUUCUUUGAACUUGCAGAGAUGUUCUUGACUCAUGUGUCAUGGUUGGAACCACUAAGAGACUGGAUUGGACCCCAGGAUGCAGGUAGCAGACACAGGAGAUUAGGUGCAAAAAGGUCAAGUGUGUAAUACUAACGUGGCAGUGAAAAAUACAAAUGUGACCAAACUCCAAAAAUACAACAAAUGUCCACAAUAAAAGUGACAUGAAAAAAAAAAUCCCAUGUGGCUAAAAUACAAAAGGACAGACAGGGUGAUUAAACUACAACGAAAAGUGACUGUCAAUAAAGGUGACAGCGAGACAAAUUUAGAAACAGCCAAUCGAGGGGAGAUGACUGACAUAAGGGGUGAUGACUAACAGAAGGUUAGUCCGGCAAAAUGGCAAACACAAAGGUGGGACUUAAAGACAAACUGAACUAUACUCAACAAAAAUAUAAACGCAACACUUUUGGUUUUGCUCCCAUUUUGUAUGAGAUGAACUCAAAGAUCUAAAACUUUUUCCACAUACACAAUAUCACCAUUUCCCUCAAAUAUU